UCGGGUCACGCGGCGUGCGGAGGCUGUUUGCCAGCGUGCUACAUCGUCACUCCGAGCUCACGUUCGCCGGCUCCUUAAUGGAGCGUAUGAGCGUCGCUGCGUGUGCCGCGAAUGGAACAGCGGUUGUCGGCUAUGGAAGCGUUGCGGAUUAAUUCGUCUCGCCAUAGAAACAACGAAGCACGAUUGCGGUGAACGUUUCAAUCUACACUGCCAUCUCUUUUAACGGCCGGGACGUUCGUUGAACACAAGAACUACUUGGAAUAACCUGCACUAAAGUAAAAAGUCACGUCUUCUCAAAAUCAGACCAUGGAUUUGUAGACCUUGGUCUCUUUCAACUGCGUUAUCAGUGUGGUUGUUUUCUGCAAACGACAUUCCCGAAAACUGUGGAUUAUAGGACGCCUGGUCGCGCGGUGUGGAAUUCGAAACAGAAACUCGUUCGUUGUGUUUGUGUUCGCUCGUGUGUUUACUUGCGCAUUCCGAACGGAUGAAUUACUGAAACAUCGCCAUGGAACUAGAGCAAAAGAAAAGGCCAAUUCUCAUCGCUGCAGAUCAACCAAGUGUACAUGAGCAGCUCCAACAGAGCGGAUUUCACGGGCGACCGACAGCGACACCCACGGAAGGAUUGCAAAUGAGGGGGCGCUGCCGCCGGAAAGACGGUGUGCACACGUCAACGUACUCUCUGCAUCGCCAUUCUACGUACCACUACGGACUUUCCCGGUGUUGGAAGAUCGUCAGUGUAAUAAUCGCCUGGUUGGCCACGGGGCCUUGCGCACACGCGAAGCCACCGUCCAUGGAAGACGUGGUCUCUACGCCAUCCCUCCGUGGUCCUCGGUUCACCUUAGAGCCGCCUCAUCGGUUAGAAUUUUCAAACGCCAGCGGCGGAGAGCUCCGUUGCGAAGCACUGGGCGAGCCAGCUCCAUUGCUCGUGUGGGCAACGGCCGACUCCGUUCCCGUCACAGUCGUGCCAGGCGUCCGCGUCUUGGCCGAGGACGGCGCCCUGGUGUUCCCUCCUUUUCCAGCAGAAUCCUACAGACAAGACGUGCACGCAGCCUCAUACCACUGCAUCGCGUCCAAUGAAAUCGGCACGGUGGCAAGCACAGACGUCCACGUGAGCGCUGUUGUGGACUACCACUACGAGCCAAGGGUGCAAGAUGCCUUUGUGAUACGCGGCAACACGGCGGUACUCAAGUGCUACGUACCUUCGUACAUUCGCCAUCACACGGUGGUCGACGCCUGGAUUCGCGAUGAUGGCUUCACUAUCAAUGCAUCGGGCAACAAAGAAGAUCGCUACUCCCUCCUCGACAGUGGCGAACUGCUUGUGCACAACACGACAGCUGCAGACUCCGACCGCAGUUACCGUUGCCGAACCCGACAUCGCCUCACAGGGCACUUGGCUUCCAGCACCGUGGCAGGGAAAAUAUUCGUAUCUGAUGCCCAUGCUGUAACUCAAGUCAAGGUGACGCUCAGCCUUUCCGAUGUAUUAACGACUGUGGGAGCACACGUCGACUUGCCUUGUGUGUCACACGGAUAUCCACUUCCCCGUUACACGUGGUACCACGAGGAUCGUAGCGGCAGGCGCUUCGCCGUUGCCGAGUCUGACCGUCUCCAGUUCACCAACGGCGUGCUCAGUAUUCUCGGCGUCAACGUUCUGGACACAGGCCGCUACACAUGCGUCGCCAGGAACAGCGCUGGAGAGCAGACAAUUCAAACUGUGCUCUCAGUUGCAGUACCUCUGAGAGCGCGGCUACAGCCUGAGCUGCAGACCGUGGCCAUAGGCUUGCCGGCCGAAUUCAACUGCACCGUGGACGGGCAGCCGAUCAACCGAGUCACUUGGAGAAAGGAUGGUGCACCGAUUCUUCCGGACGGACGCGUCGAACUGCUCGCCGAGCACAGGCUACUCCGCAUCCGGACUGUGCGCCGUGAAGAUGCCGGCAUGUACCAGUGUUUCGCGGCUAACGACCAUGACUCUUGCCAGGUGGCAGCAAGGCUCAAGUUGGACGACAUGUCACCAACACUGGAGGAGACUUUCGGAUCGGUGACCGUAAAACGAGGGGAGGCUGUGUCGCUUCGGUGCCGUGCCCGUGGCAGCCCGACGCCCGAGAUCAGCUGGGCAAUCGACGGCGAUUUUCUCUAUCCAUCUCAAAGACUCAGGAUCACCGCCGAGCGCUCUGCUUCUGAUGUGCAGUCUGUGCUGAACAUCUCAGACGCCAGACUUGAGGACAGUGGGGAGUACAGCUGCGUUGCACGAAAUGACAUCGCCACCGACGCUCAUUCGGCCAGAGUGGACGUCGAAGGAGCGCCCUUUGUGCGACCACUCCGCAACGUCACCGUGGUAUCAGGAACCCUGCUGACACUACGGUGCCCGUAUGGCGGUUAUCCCCUAGAGUCCCUGGUGUGGCGGAAAGCGGGGAUGGUGCUUCCAGUGAACUAUCGGCAAUCUGUGGACAACAGAGGGCGCCUUCUUGUACAACAGGCGCUUAAGUUUGCCGACGAAGGCGAAUACACCUGCGCCAUCACGGGACGUUCACAACUCGUUGCCAGUGGUUCGACCUACGUCUCAGUGGUCGUGGCUCCAACAAUCGAUGAGCAUUUCUUUCCGAACGUCGUAAAAGUGGAAGAAGGUAGCCGAUCUCGACUCAUGUGCUCCGUGUCCAAGGGCGAUCCUCCUUUGCGCUUCCGAUGGCUGAAGAACGGCCUCAGGAUCAGUUCUCACGGCGAGCGAGUGAUCGAGACCACGGACGACUCGUCAAUCAUCAAGAUCGGUCGGGUGCGAUUCGCGGACCACGGCGAGUACACGUGCUUCGUCUCGAAUGACGCUGCAUCUGUCAACCGAAGUGUGGAACUCGUCGUGCACGUGAGUCCUCGCUGGAAGAUAGAACCGCAGAACACGUCGGCCGUCUUGACGUCCACGGUGAUCAUGCAUUGUUCCGCCGAUGGUCAUCCGCCACCCGUCCUGACGUGGAAGAAAGGUGAAAGAAACUACCCUCGAAACUUCUCGUACAUACACUACAACUUUCGAAACCACCAGUUCAACAACGGCAGCCUUCUUAUUCGUGAGGUGGAGGAAGCCGAUGGAGGCUUCUAUCUGUGCGAGGCAGACAAUGGAAUCGGAGCAGGAAUCAGCAGACUCGCCCACCUCAAGGUGAAAGUACCACCAAAGUUCAAGGAAAAACACCGGAGACUCGUUGUGAAGAAAGGUGAAAACCUGCAAGUGCACUGUCAAGCUGUCGGUGAUCCUCCAACUACAUACUUCUGGGAGAAAAAUCAGAAGCCCAUUGACACGGAAAGGUACCAUAUAAAAACUGUCGAAGGAUCUGGUGGAAAAUCUUACUCACUCUUGGACAUGCAAGAACCAACGCGGGAUGAAUCAGGAGUGUACUCCUGCAAAGCAAAGAACGAACACGGCGAGGAUACAAGUCACAUCCAAGUGAUCGUUCAAGAGCCACCCGAUCCUCCAAUAGGAGUUCAAGUGACAAAUUGCACUAGUCGCUCUGCGACAGUGCAGUGGCAGACUCCGUACAAUGGCAACAGCCCUAUCACUCGCUACAUGCUCAACUACAAGCUCCUCAAUGACCCCUGGAAUGGACCCGUCUCCGUCCUAGUCAUCCUUGGUUCUGAUACACAAAGCACUGUUCGGGAGCUUCAACCUGUCACCAAGUACGCCAUUCGUGUCUCUGCCGAAAAUCCACUUGGACCAGGAGAGCACAGCAACCAGGUGGUGGUCACCACCCUUGAAGAAGCUCCAUCAGGUGCGCCAUUAUCACUCACAGUGCACACAACGGGUUCUCAAUCUCUCAAAGUUUCCUGGAAGGCACCGAAGAAGGAGCAGCAGCACGGCACCAUCUUAGGAUAUCGCGUCGGGUAUCGCGUCGCCCACACCGACGACAGCUUCCAGUUCAAGCAGGUCGAGGUGCGCCGUGUUUCCAGUCACAGUGGCGUUCCUCCUGUACGAAACGAGGAAGGAGAUGGCCGAGAAGCAGAGCAAGAAUACGUGGAGACAACGUACUUGACGAAUCUACAUCGUCUCACGAAGUAUGGUGUUGUGGUCCAAGCGUACAAUGCUGCUGGUACUGGGCCUGCUUCCGACGAAGUUAUAGCCACUACCCUGGAGUCUGCACCGCCUACAUCACCCAGCAUAAAGGCCCUACCACUCUCGAACUCGUCUUUGCUAGUGCAAUGGGAAAAGGAGAAGAAGGACGAUUAUUCAGUGACGGAAUAUGUGCUGCAUUACGGCACCGAACUGGGAGAAUGGAACAAGGUGUCGCUGAAUUCGAGCAAGCAGUCCUUCGUACUUGAUGGCCUCAAGUGCGGCACCACGUAUCGCCUCUACAUGACUGCAUCCAACAGCAUCGGCACAGGAGAGCCUGGAGCCGAGGUCAUUGUACGCACCAACGGCGCAGCUCCAAUAUCUCCGGCGAGCGACACGUUUGUCGUCACCAAUGCCACCAGUGCCAGUUUGAACUUGGCUGCUUGGAUGACCGCCGGGUGUCCCGUGACUGGCUUUGCCGUCCAGUACCGGCCGAGAUUCCACAAGGCAUGGAUUCUGGCCGCAGACGGCAUCAACCCUGGCACGCGUCACUACGUCAUUGGAGACCUAUCACCUAGCCGCCAGUACCAGGUGCGCGUAGUUGCGCAGAGCGACGCCGGUGCAACGCAGGCCGAUUUCUCUUUUCGGACCACACCGUUGCCUGCCAGUGUGUCAACCCAAAGUCCAACUGCAAUCAAGGACCAGUCGGCGGUACCAUUUCACCUGAAUGCGUCAAUGGUGGCUCCACUGGCUGUGUGUGCCAUUUUAAUGCCAAUUGCCGUCCUUCUCGUCCACAUAUACUUCAAGAGGCAUCGGUCACGCAGAAACAGAGCCAUUGAACAAGAGAGUCCUGACCCGAGUAAGCAGUAUUUCCAAGACGCGGUAAUCCUUUCCGUGUUCAACCAGAAGGAACCAGCCAUGAAGAACAGCGUAGCAAGCUCCACCUACUACGCUUCAAUGUCAAACAAGACAAUGCCAUUAGCGAUCAAGAACCAUAGGAGAUCUAUAGAACAAGAAAAGUGGGAUGCACUUGCUGUGGCUGAGGCGCUGUGAAAAAACUGAACUCAUGAGCUUGAAGCACACAAGUGGCUGGUUAACC